AUGAAGUUUGAUUUCGCUAAAGUCGCGAGUUCGCUGGGACUGGCUGCAGCCAACUACAAGCCUGAGCCGGUCCCAACGACCAACUCGGUGGACGUGUCCUCGAGCGGUGGCCGUGUUUCCAGUGUCCAAAACCCUGGCUCGUGGUCGAGCUCCCAUCCCGAGGAGCAAUGGGGUCUGCCCUCCGUGCUGACGCUCCCGAAGAAUAGCAGCACAAGCGGUGGCCGCAACGCAGCGAGCCACCAGGGCUCCUCUGGCAAAACAGUAGGCAAACACGGCUGCACUGUUCUCGAUGACUACACGCCCAAGGACUCCCUUCAUGUCGAAUUCCCAAGCUUUAACCGCACCCGCGCUAACAUGAUGCGUUACCGUAAGCAGAUGGGUGUCAAUGCUGGCUCGUGGUUCGUGAACGAGGCUUGGAUGGCGCCGUCGUUGUUUGACUGUGCGUCAGGCAGCAAGAAGGCGGAGCACAACAUCGUCGCAGGUUACGGUACGUCCAAUGAAGGUCUCCAGAGCGCGCGGGCGCGCCUGGAGGAGCACUGGGACACCUGGAUUACCGAGGACGAUUUUAAGCAGAUGGCUGAUGUGGGUAUUAACACGGUCCGUAUCCCUAUUGGCUACUGGAACUUGCCCGGCAAGAACUUCACGAAGGGUACCGACUUUGAAAACUAUGCUAGCGUGUACGCAAACUCGUACAAGUACCUGAAGCGUGCGAUUAUGUACGCUGACAAGUACGAUUUGGGUGUGCUGGUCGAUAUGCAUGGUGCGUACGGCUCACAGAAUGGUCAGGACCACUCGGGUAUUUCUACCGGUAAGGUCGAGUUCUUCAACAAGGAGAACGAGGACAAGACCAUCAAGGCGCUGGAGUACUUGGUGCGUGAUCUGGCGAAGGUAACCAACGUCAUUGGUCUCGAGCUCCUCAACGAGCCGCAGAACAAAGAUGAACUGUGGAAGUUCUACUCGCGUGCCAUGGAUGACCUGCGUAAGGUGUCGCCAUACGCAGAGGACUUCCCUCUGUAUUACCAUGACGGCUUUAGUCCUCAGCAGGGUGCCGAGUUUGCUAGCAAGCGCUCGGACUUUGUCGUGCAAGACACGCACUCAUACUUUGUAUUCACUCCCCAGGACCAGGAUAUGUCGGCCUCCAAGCACACUUCGCAAAUCAAGGGCCAGGUCAGCGACACUAUGAACAAACUUGCCAACACGGCUCGUGGCAACUAUGUCGUCGGUGAAUGGUCCUGCGCCUUGAACCCGAGCUCGCUGAAGGGCGUGAGCGAUGGUGAGAAAGCCACAGCGCAGUUCUGCCAAGCCCAGCAAGAGACGUACCAGGACUCGGCAGCCGGUAUGAUGUUCUGGAGCUGGAAGAUGGAAAACUGCAAGCAGAAUGCUGGUUGGUGCUUCCAGGCCGCGCUGCCGCAGUACCUGGACAAGACCUACAACGUGUGGCUUACCUCGAGCUGGACGAACAAGACCAUUUCGAGCACGAUAAAGGAUGUUGCCUCGACCACUCUGCCGUCGAAGUAUGUUUCUGCGAAGACUAGUUUGCCAUCCAACAGUCGCCUGUCGUGCUCCUCGUCAAGUGCUUCGUCGAAUGCGUCAUCGAGUGCCUCGUCGUCGUCGUCGGGUCGUCAAGCUCAUAUCAAGGACAAUUCUUCGUCGUCCUCCAAGCACCACCACUCGUCCUCAUCCUCCAAGCACCACCACUCGUCCUCGUCCUCCAAGCACCACCACUCGUCUUCGAAGCAUCAUCACUCCACAUCGAGCUCGCACAAAUCACGCCGUGCUGCAAAGAUCCUGGGUGGUGGUCCUGAGGCGGCCAAGGAGGCUAUCGAGAGGCGUGCUUCGGAGUCGACAUUGGCCUCCAACCUUGGUUAUGCUGACGGCUUUACGUCGGCCAAGUCGUUCGCUGAAUCCCUGGUCCUUUCGCGUGUGGGAUUCAAGCAGCAGUACAUUGCAGACUCCGUGGAUGCAUACACGGCCAAGAAAGUGUUCUCCAACAACAAUGGUGACUCGUACUCAUCAGAGUUCGAAAAGGCUCUCUCCAAGCUGGAAAAGGACAUUAACAAAGCUGUGUCUAGCUAG